AUGUCGAGCAGCAAUGGCAUCCUCGCAGAGCCGAAGCAAACCUAUCGAGAACUCUUCCUCACGGCUCUCAGAGGACAACGAACCUUGUUGGGACUAAUCGUUCUGACCCUCUUGAACGUGCUCAUCUUUAUGAAUGUGCUCUACCAGCGAAAUGCGGCGGUUGGAAUAUCACAUAAUAGAGGUCCCAUGCGCCAUGCGGAAGACAGGAACCCCAUUCACACGAGCUUGGUUAAACCGGAGAAUAUAACUAUAUCUGGUCUUGUGUUCUUCGGACGGAAAGAUAGGGUGGAGUCGAUGCAUUGCUAUCUGGAGAGGAACAUGGUGGAUAACGGCGGGUGGCUAGACGAAGUACUCUGGGUUGUGAAUACGGAAAAUAAGAACGAUCUUGCAUACUUGAAUAAAAUACUUUCCAGUUCGCCGCAGCGAUAUAAGAAACUGGACCUUGGGAGAAAAGUGAAGGGUCCAGAAUUUCGGCAGAUUUGGAAACAUUUAGACAAGGGCAAAAUGUACGUCAAAGUUGAUGACGAUGUUGUUUGGCUAGCCGACGAUGCGAUUCCUAUAAUAGUGGACCGCAAAAUCAGAAAUCCCGAUGAUUUUGCCGUAUCUGCGAAUAUAAUCAACAAUCCCCCCCUGUCUUUCAUGCACUAUCAUUUCGGUGCAUUGCACCCUUACUUCCCUGAGUUAGAUGAGAAUGGAAACGCAACCAAGAAGGUUAGCUCAAACAAAGCCUGGAGACCCUCAGAGCAUCCGCAUUGGGACGGGCCUCCUAGUUUCACAUGGGCAAUGGAUGCAAAACCGCCAGCAAAAGGCCAUCGCUGGCUUCGUGUUGAGGAUGACAAGGCCAUUGCUCGCACACCGGUAUCAAAGCUGAAAUACGAAGUGUGGGGUGAUACGUAUACCAGCUGGGCUAUUGCUGCCCAACAGCAUUACUCGUUCCUUGAGAAUCUGGAGUCAGACAAUUUGGAUGUUUACAAGUUCAAUCGUCCUUGGAAUAUGGACAACGAACGCAUAAGGAUUAAUGUGCUGGCCGUUAUGGCAGAUGAUAUCUUGGAUAGCGAUAUUGACAGUUGGCCAAAGGAGAGGAGUGAUGAGGAGAUGAUAGUCAUGGAGCUACCAAAGAAGUAUCUGAGACCGGUCAAUGUUAUUGGCACCGCGCUCGCCGCCCAUUUCAAUUUUCAACAUCAGCCUGAUGUUGCGCAGACGGAUUUACUCGCUCGAUAUCGAGCUUUGGCGCUUGAGCAAGCCUGUCUAUCCAGAUGA